GGGCACCAAUCUGUCAGGUCGGCCUUUAAUUUUUAUAUUUCAAUCGCAGUAAACAGGAAAUUUGUUUUUGUUUUAAUUUAUAAAAUGUCAUUUAAAAAUACUAUAAAUUGAAAAAUAACAAAUUUUCUUCGUGUUUCAUCGCGGAAAAUGUUUAUGGGUACACAUUGUGUACAUAACAAAAACAGGAAUAUUGAAGAGCCAAAAUUUGGAAAUAUUAAAAAUAUUGAGCAGCCAAAAAAAUGGAGAACCAUAAAGAAGUAAAAACUCCAAAUUAUAAUAUUACUCGAAGGAAGCUGACUCCUGCAAAAAAUGCGGACGGGAGAAGUGAAAAAAAGGAACGCAUGAAAAAGAUCUCAAUAGUAUUAAAAAAAUGCGAAUCAACUUGGACCCAAGAAGAUUAUUGCUUACUUGAAAAAAAUGUCGAAUUAGUUCGACAAAUAAAAACUCGCAAAGAAAGAGUACUCUUAUACAAAGAACGUGUUAUCGAAAAAGAAGAUUCCAUCAGUGUUAUCGAAGACAAGGUAGCAGAUUUAGCAAAAAUAAUAUCACAAGCAAAGCAUCUUGUUUGCUAUACUGGUGCUGGAAUAAGUACUUCAGCACAUAUACCCGAUUACAGAGGUAGCAAUGGCAUAUGGACACUAUUACAAAAGGGACAAGAUAUUGGAAAUCAUGACUUAUCACUCGCUAAUCCCACAUACACUCACAUGGCUUUGUAUGAACUUUAUAAAAGAAAACUUUUACAUCACAUUGUAUCACAAAAUUGUGAUGGCUUGCAUUUAAGAUCCGGGCUUCCAGUUAAAUCAAUAUCAGAAAUCCACGGUAAUAUGUACAUUGAAAUUUGUUCUACUUGCAAACCAAAUGCCGUCUAUUGGAGGCUUUUCGAUACAACAGAAAUAACAGCUCGAUAUGCCCACAAAACGAACAGAAGGUGCUAUAAAUGUGAAAGUCCAUUGAUAGAUACUAUUGUUCAUUUUGGAGAGAAAGGUGUUGCCAAUUGGCCUCUGAACUGGGUGGGCGCUUGUCUCAAUGCUGAAAAGGCUGAUGUCAUUUUAUGUUUGGGAUCCAGUCUGAAAGUACUUAAAAAGUACCAUUGGCUAUGGCAAAUGGAUCGUCCUUCAAAAAAUCGAGCAAAAAUUUGUAUUUUAAAUCUCCAAUGGACACCAAAAGAUAAUAUUGCCACAAUUAAAAUAAAUGGAAAGUGUGAUGUUGUAAUGAAACAAUUGAUGAAUCAUCUUAAUAUUCAAGUACAGCCAUAUAGCAAAAAUUGUGAUCCAAUAUUUGCUCAUGCUACUGCAUUACUUCCAGAAGAACUACAUACAGUAUCCCAACCUCAACUCAAACGUGAAGUUGAUUUACUAAAAAGAGAGAAAGAAGAUUGUUCAAAUAAUUUGGAAAAAGUCAAACAAAUAUUUCCUCCUUCAAAUUUAGUAAUAAAUAAAGGUCCACUAACAAGAACUCCAAUUAAGCAUAGAUCUGGCAUAAAAACAAGUUUUUCUGUUGGAUUAAGUAAUGGCUAUGGAAGCAACGAUUCAGCAACUCAACGAAUAUCAAUACCAUCUGAAGAAAAGCUUAAAGAAAAAAGAUUAUCUUCUGAAAUCAGUUCCGAUAGUAAUAUUUACAUAAAAACAAAUAAUGGACUUCCAUUUUGGUUUGAUGUCAGCUAUGCUUACUCAGGCCUACACAGUAUUGUUAAUCCACCACCUACCGAACUAAAUUUGUGGAGUUUACAAAUUUUGCCAAUAUUUCAAAUGAAUCGUAAAGCAGCUGAAUGCGAAUUUUGUUUUGAUAAAUAUGCAGAGCUAGAUUGUCAGUUUUAUAAAAGUUGGUCACACGAAACAAGUAUCAACAAAUUUUCCAGAAAUCUUUUAAUAUUUUGUGAAUGUUGCGACAAUUCUCAUAAUAAAGAAGAAUCGUUAAGUACGAAAACGUUUUAUCGCAAAAAUUUGAUUAGAAUACAAGCUGGUUGGUAUGGUAAAGGCUACAAAAAAAAUAUAAAUAAACGCCGAAAACACUGAUGUGAUAUUUUUUUUUAUUAAUAAUGAACCCUCUUAAAAAAAAAACUACGGAGAUAUUUUCCUGAUAGACUUAAUAUGAAAAUAAAAUAAAAUAAAAAUUAAUUUAUAAUACUCAAAUCUGUAUUAAGAAAAAAAAAUGGAUAAAAUUCAUAUGUCAAUUUAAAAAAACAUGAAUGUGAAUCAUUAUUGCAUAAUCAACUCUUUCAUUUAUCGUAAUUUAAUACGGAAUAGAAAAGAUGCUCUAUUGCUGACUGUCCAAAUUUAUUUGUCGCUAUUGCUCUGGAAUCCUUUGAUCGUGGUUAAAUAAGAUUUGGAUCUGUGGCACUUAUACUUAUUCUCUAUUUUUGCUGAAAGUUAAAAUUCCCAAAUAGUCCAGUCAUUAGGGGAUACUUAAAAAAACUUAACUUGAAUUUUUGGACCAAGAUUUCCUAUGAGCUUUUUCCGCCAUUUACGAGAGUUAAAUUACUUAUAAUCGUUUUAUGUGAAGUUUUUGAUUGUCUAACUUAACAACAUUAGGAUACAUAGCAUAUAGAUACGAGUACAUCUAUAGAGGAAAGGUUUGUUUGAUUAUCCGUCUGUCUUAGAACAAAUUGAUAAAGUAUUUCAGUUUUCAAAACAAAUUCGUAACGAAAGUUCAGAUUAGGCAGAGAUUUUAAACGUAAGACUUACUAACGAUGAACAUACUUAUAGAUUUUGUUGCGUAAGUUAUUAAAUUUCCACAAAUUAUUAAAAGUUUGUUUA